GUGCAAGGCUGUUGGGUAGUUUGAAAGUCCUGGGAUCCAGCCCGUCCUGAACUGGGAGUCCUGUAAUUAGUCUCGUCACGCUUUUUGCGACCCACUCUCAGGUUGACACUAGGUCACCAUUUGCCAGCGCGCAUCCUCCAGCUCUGGGAAUCACCAAAUAGAGUGUCUGGCCAGAAGCCGCUCUCAUGGAUGUCAUUCACCUUCCUUCAAAUGACCACGGGUCUGAUACAGAGUUGAUUCUUUCCGAACCAUCAUCUUCUCCAGAGCAGGAUGCCACAAUUCAAUUCUCGCAUCAACGUUUUGUACCCUCAGACUUUCUGAAACCAGAAUCUGGGGACCAUCCAGAGAUCGCCCCCUUUCUUACUGAAGAGCCUUUUACUUCGCCAAGCCUUAUCAAACGUUCUCUGGGUUUGAGCAAGGCGUCAUUCUCAUCCCUCACCUCUUCUCGGCAAGGAAGUUCCAGCAGCAUCCUUUACCCAAACCGUGGAGGAGCCGAAUCACAAAUCCUCUCAGACUUCUAUGGUCAGCCGCUUUCCGACUUCUCCUUGCGCGAGCAGGGCAGUUCGAGCGAUCUCCGCAGGGGCAAAAUGAAGAAGUUAACCGACAUCCUUAAGAAGCGCAGCCGGGGAAGGCUCUCCUCAGACACAGGCUCGUCAUCCCAGAUAGCUUCAUUUUCUUCAUAUGCCUCCGCUUCAACAGAAACUUUCAUGAACCCCUUCGUUCCAUCUCCCUCACCAGUACUCAAGAAAGACAAGAAGGAGAAAGGGCGACAACAAAAGGGACGACUACCUCCUAAUCCACCAAGUCCUCCAUUGUCCCCCGAAAAGGGUUAUGAAUUGAUGAAGAUCGACCUUGAGUCAAUUGCGCACAUGGAGGGUAUCGUCAAUCCGUCCCUUUCCGGGCAGAAUAUUGCACCAUCGAACGUUUCUCCAUCAAGUACAGUUGAUCCAAGUACUGCCAGUACUUCUGGAAGUAGCUAUCAGCAGCCCCCAUCACCCACACUCUCCACCUCCUUUGUGUUCAGCAAUCCACAUCCCUUUUCUUCCACUUCUCCUACCAGCAAGCGAAAAGCUUGCAUCGAUUUUCGAAAGCUAUCUCCAAAGAGUCUACCCCCUUUAGUUGGACCAGAGGAACUAGACAUGUUUGGAGUGACUCCCUAUGAAACACCUCUUUGGACCGCUCCAGAGAGCUGGGCUGUCGAGAACGGUGAGGAGGCAGAUGUAGGGGGGGACUCGAGCUCCGAAGAGAGCACAAGGGAUGCCACAUCGUCUUUCAAUAGCUCGGGACUUAGUUCGAAACGUAAAUCCCGUCGGAAAAGCAACCACCCGCGUAAGCUGUCCUCUCGCGGCAGCAAUGACCGCGUCCGCGUUCGAAUAUAUCGCGCGGACGGAUCAUAUCACGUUGCUCCAAUCUCGAUACACUCCACCGUUGCGGAGCUCACUCCGUCACUUAAUCAGAAGCUAUUUGCGCACAAGGAACGUGAGACACAUAAACUGUAUCUCAAGGAGAGGGGACGAGAGCGUGUAUUGGCGCCAACCGAGAGGCCAGCUGCCAUUGUCAUUCGUCGGUUGGAGCAGGCUGGAUAUGACCAAGCGGACAACAUGACCUUCCUUAUGAAAUUCGUUUAUAAAAGUCAACUCCUCGGCCCAGCAGCUGAGGACCUUACAUUUGAUACAUUCGACCUGGUCGACCUGACAGGCUGUAGUCUACCCACCAUACCCAUCGUCCUUCAUCAAAACGCUGGCUCGAUCAUACCCCUGGAUUUUAUACAGUCCUGCACGACCCUCCGCGACCUCAAAUUGUCCAGCAUGGCGAUGAAGAAAGUGCCUCAGAGUGUUCGGCACUCUACCAGCCUACAUCGACUCGACCUGUCAUGUAAUCGCAUCGUGGACUUGGAUGAUGCUGGUCUCGACCGUAUACCUGAGCUCUCAAGCUUGAGGCUCCAGAAUAACAGGAUAGAGCAGCUGCCCUGGUAUUUCCCUCGCCUCAAGUUUCUGAACUUCCUAAACAUCUCAAACAACAAGUUCGUGAACCUGCCCUGUCUUGUUGAGCUCGAUAUGUCUUUCAACAUGAUCACUGAACUUCCGGAGGAAAUUGGUCGGCUCGUUACUCUCGAGCGCCUUAUUUUGAUUGGGAAUCAGGUGGUCAGGUUACCCGAAGAAUGCAGGAAUCUUGUCAACCUACAGUUACUUGACUGUCGGAGAAAUAACAUUUGCGAUAUUUCCAUCGCCUACGCCCUACCCAAACUCCAAACUCUUUAUGCAGAUCAUAAUUCCGUUCAUGCCCUUCAUCUGUCCAUUGGUCCCAGCCUGUCAGUUCUGGACGCCUCCCACAACGAUAUCACAUUCCUCAAAUUCGCUCCUAGCUCUCCACCGCAAACAUCACUCACUCUCACACAGCUCGAUGUUUCCUACGCUAAACUUUCCUCUCUUGAUGCAUUCGAUUUCUCUCAGCUCCCUGCCCUUCACACUCUGAAACUUGACCACAAUGAACUCCGCACGCUCCCAGACUCCCUCGGCGAACUCUCCAUCUCAUACACCUUUCCUCGCCUAGAAACCCUUGAUGCUCAUAACAACAGCUUGACGGAGCUACCUGUAUCCCUCUGGAAUUGCGCAUCGUUAAUCCAUAUCAACGUUACCUCAAAUCUGCUUGCUAGUUGGCAUGAUCCUCCUGGAGAUAACUUGAUUGCACCGGCGCCAUCUGGAAUAACUCUCGAGAUUCCCUCAUCAUCAUCAGCCAGCCACACUCCAAGAAAGCCUUCCAAUGCUACAUACACUAUGUCAAUACACAACGCACCCGGUCGACCACUUCCGCCCCUUGCUUACUCUCUCGAGCGACUCUCAAUCGGAGAGAACCGUCUGACAGAGGAAGCAAUCCCUCCGUUCACCAUCCUCAAAGAGCUUCGUGUCCUCAACUUAUCCUUCAAUGAAAUUCAAGAACUGCCGUCUUCCUUUCUCCGCAAUCUACAGCAGCUGGAGGAACUAUACCUUAGUGGCAAUCAGUUAACGAGUAUCCCCACUGAAGACCUCGUGAAAAUGACCCGAUUGUCGGUGUUGUUCUUGAACGGGAACAAAUUCCAGACGCUCCCCGCUGAACUGGGCAAAAUUCCCAGUCUGACUAUCAUUGACGCCGGCAGCAACCUGUUAAGGUACAACAUUCACAAUUGGGAGUUUGAUUGGAACUGGAAUUUCAAUUGUAACUUGAAGUACCUUAACCUGUCAGGCAAUAAGAAAUUGGAUCUCAAGCAGAACAACGAUGGAAAGCGCGUGGUGGAUGAACGUGGAAGAGUACUUUCUGACUUCUCUCGACUAUCUCAGCUCCGUGUUCUCGGGUUGAUGGAUGUCAUGACCACUUUCCUUCCCAAUAUCCCUGAAGACUCUGACGAGCGACGUGUUCGUACUUCUCAGACGGAAGUUAACGGAAUGUCAUAUGGCAUUGCCGACACCAUUGGGAGGAAUGGCUACCUAACCACGCUCGAUCUCGUCCUGCCCGAAUUCAGAGGGAAGAAGGAUGAGGCACUGUUCGCAAUGUUUGGGCGUACUAAAGCUCUUCCCGGCAACAAUACUCUGUCGAAAUACCUGCACGACAAUUACGCCUCUGUCUUUACCGAGCAGCUUCUUCAGCUGAAGAAAGACCAGAAAGGGGAGCGAAGGGAUGGCGUACCGGACGCAAUGAGGCGCACAUUCCUGAAGCUGAACAGACAGCUCCACGACAAGCUCUACUCGCAACUAUCUCGUAAGAUGUCCCAAGUCAGCGCAUCUACCACCGGUCCUUCUGGACCCGAUUCUUCUCACCUCCGACAAGGAGCUUCGGGCAUCGUGGUAUACGUGGUCGGCCGAACGCUGUAUGUUGCUAAUGUUGGACAUGCCCUUGCUGUCAUCUCGAGCCAAGGGAAUGCAGAACUCAUUUCCAGGAAUCACGACCCUUAUGACCGGGAUGAGGCGAGGCGCAUCCGGCUCGCAGAGGGCUGGAUAUCGCCGACGGGGCUCAUCCAUAACGAGGUUAACACGUCUCGAGCCUUUGGAUAUUUCCACGACUUUCCCGUUGUCAAUGCUCGACCCGACAUCUACGUUCGCCAGCUAACCGAGCUCGACGAGUUCGUGAUCAUCGGCAACCGCGGAUUGUGGCAGUAUAUAUCCUACCAGACCGCAGUCGACAUCGCUCGCUCGGAAGCUGACCCAAUGAUUGCGGCACAGAAGCUACGUGACUUUGCCAUAAGCUAUGGUGCGGAUGGAAACACCAUGAUCAUGGUAAUAUGCGUCUCCGACCUCUUCCGCUCUCGACAGCCCAUAACAGACUCGCUUGUGGAUCCAGAGGUCUACAGCUCUAUCAAUAAAAAGAGGGCAGGGAAGAAAGCAGAUAUCGUUGAUCGCACCAUUGCUCGCUUAGAAGGAGAGGUUUCACCGCCCACUGGGCAUCUCUGCUUAGUAUUCACCGACAUUCGAAAUUCAACACAAUUAUGGGAAGCAAAUGCAGGCAUGCCCACAGCAAUGCGUAUUCACAAUAACCUGUUGCGACGACAUCUUCGAACUUGUGGUGGUUACGUUGUCAAGACGGAAGGCGACGCAUUCAUGUGGUGCCUCAUCGUUCAGCUGCAACUUCUCCGCGAACCCUGGCCGCUGGAGAUAUUGGAGUGCCCUGAGGGUAAAGAGGUGUAUGAUGAGCAUGGUCAGCUUCUUGCACGUGGCCUUUCAGUCCGCAUGGGCGUCCACUGCGGUACUCCAGUGUACGAACCAGAUCCUAUCACUGGUCGCAUGGAUUACUUUGGGCCCAUGGUCAUCCGAGCCGCUCGUAUCAGUGGGCUCGCGCUGGGUGGGCAAAUCAUGUGCAGCGCUGACGUCGUUCGCGAGUUGAAUGCCAAGAUCUUCGAGAAUGGCCAGGACACGGAGUACUCAGAGUUUCAACCAACUCAGGCCAUCGAGGCGAUCCGGCAAAUGCAGAUAGCCCUUGUCCCUGCCGGGGAAGUGAAGUUGAAGGGGCUGGAGAUUCCGGAGAUAGUUUCCCUCGUCUACCCAGCAGCCCUCUUAGGCCGUCAGGACUUAGAUGCGUCUGGGUCGCAUCUGAGCACAUCUACAUCCACAGCUCGAGUCCAGUUAAGCAUCGCUCAAGUCAGAGACUUAGCUAUGCUAUGCCUGCGUAUUGAGGCCCUGACUUCAGGCCGCAUCUUUCGUCCUUGUCCCGAACAGAAGGAGUGGGUGCCUGACAUUCCAUUGGAGCCUCCCUCCGACGAAGACGUCUUGGAGUCUUCGGUGAUGUAUGGUGAUCCGAACUUGCUUCUCCCCCCGAUGAACGAGAAAACAUCUGAUCUUGAGAUCAUGAUGCACCUCGAUUCGCUAUCCUUGCGGCUUGAGAACGCUGUUGCGUGUCUGGCUCUCAAGAAACUAUCUGACCAGUCGUCCGCCAUCGUGACAGCUCUAGAAGGCCAUGAGGGUAUUGACGAACGGACGCUUCAUCUAAUAACUUCGUUGUUAUCUCGCUGUUGA